AUGCUGGAGGGGCUGCCCCUGCUGCUGACCGCUGUCCUGCUGGGCCUGGUGCUGCUGGCGCUGCUGCUGCGGCUUAGCCCGCUGUUCGUGGUCUUAUACCACGAGUACGUCCUGCGGCCCGUCCGGAACAUGCUCCAGGGCUGCAGCUUGGAGCAGCGCAUCCUGCGUCACGUGCAGCAGCAUGCGCGGCGCGGAGACCCGCAGAGCGUCCUGGAGGCCAUUGAUGCCUACUGCUUGCAGAAGGAGUGGGCCAUGAACGUGGGCAACGAGAAAGGCCUGAUAGUGGACGAGGUGGUGCGUCAGUGCCGUCCUAAGGUGCUGCUGGAGCUGGGUGCCUACUGUGGCUACUCGGCAGUGCGCAUGGCCCGCCUGCUGCCCCCCGGGGCCCGCCUGCUCACCAUCGAGCUCAACCCGGCCUUCGCAGCCAUCACACAGCAGAUGCUGGACUUCGCUGGCCUGCAGGACAAGGUGACAGUUCUGAUUGGGGCGUCCCAGGACAUCAUCCCCAAGCUGAAGAAGCAGCAUGACGUGGACACGCUGGACAUGGUCUUCCUUGACCACUGGAAGGACCGGUACCUGCCAGACACCAUCCUCUUGGAGGAGUGCGGCCUGUUGCAGAAGGGGACGGUGCUGCUGGCCGACAACGUCAUUUAUCCUGGGGCGCCCAAGUUCCUGGAGUACGUGCGAGGGAACAGCCACUUCGAGUGCACGCACUACAGCUCGCACCUGGAGUACUCGCAGAUGGUGGACGGCCUGGAGAAGGCCGUCUACGUUGGUCCCGGCCGGUCCUGA